GUCUGGAUAGGCCUGUCGCCGAUUCAUGUACUUUAUAAGGUAUAAGGUACGCUAAUACCUCCAUAUAUAUUGCUAGUUCCAGGAUUUAUUUUCACAGGCGUUAUUUUCAGUUAGUUGUGUAGUAACCACACUCCGUAAUGCGGGUGUUGUUAAUGAUAAUAGGAUGCACGCUGUUCCCAUUGACGUACGCCCGGGACACGCAGCCAGGUUAUGCAGCCUGGGCGUCGUGCGAGACUACGGUGUGCCAGAGAGUGCAAGACGAGGCUGAAGGCAUGGCUAGAGUCAAGCUCCUCAGAAGUUAUGUUUACGAGACGGUACGACUGUUGGACAGUCUCAUGGAGUCAAUGGACAACGAACUUAUACAGAUCGCUGAGGAAAUGAAAACGUUUGUUGGUUCGCGAUGUCAGAGCGCCCAUGGUAUCUUGGCGAGCGUUAUCGAGAAGCGGCCACGUAGCGACGCAGAAGGGCUGUCCGCUGGUAUAAUGGAGGAGUCAACCGCGCAAUUCGACGCGAAGGAGGAAACCGAUGUCUCCAACGGCAUCGAGAGCGCCGGCCAAAGUGCGUGGUCGGUACCAGACUCGUGGUCGUGGACAACUUCUCAAGAACAUGAUGAAGACGAAGAUGUUCCUGUUCUUCAGUCAAGCACAUCGAAUAAAGAGGGUUACGAACAGCAGACUUCUGAUUGGCAAGUUAGCGAGAACGAACUGACUUCUAGAAUAUCGUCGGAUCGUUUGGAUCAACAGCUUGGAGGAAGUGUACAGCAGGCGAACACUGGUGAUGGCACGGGAAGUGUAUGGCAACCAAUGAGAGGUCCUUCAACGAACAAAGGACGGCAAGGCCAUGAGCGAAAAGAAGAUUUAUCGACCUCUGCAAGUCAGAACCAAGUGUCGACGUCCCAGUUUCAAAGAUAUGGCAAUAACUGCCGUGGCUUGCCUGGCUCGCCUUUUGCUGUACCUGGAAUUGACAGCUGGUGCGACGUCAACUGCAGCAGAG